GUGAGGUGCUUGCCUUGAGAAUAAACAUGGCAUAAGGGAUCACACAGCUAGUACUUAUUUCAUUGCACAAAGAAUAUAAUGGUUUUAUAUAUAUAUAUAUUUAUUUUGAUUCUCCUAGCCAUCUUGUACUUUUUUGAUGGUAAAUAUUUGCUUGCGAUGGGUGUUUUCCAAUCUGCAUGUUUCCAUUUUGCAGACUGGGACAAUGAAUUGAUGUGCUACAAAGAAAUAAGUGAGGAUCUAACUUGCACCUGGUUGCCAGCACCCAGUGCUCCAAAUACUGUUAAUUACACCUUAUUCUUAAAAUGGGAAAGAAUCCAAAGGCUUUUCCAAAGAAAUACAUCAUCACCCACCAUCACAAUAGAACGAAAGGAUCUCUUCAUGCAACGCUCUGCAUCUAUUUGGAUAGCAGUGAAUUAUGCCCAUGACAGCUGUGUGAAAGGAAAGAACAUCUCAUUAACACCAAGCAAAGCAGGGAAGUGCUUGACACCAUCUAACAUAAAUGCUCAUCAGAUAACAAACCAACUGAUAAUAAAAUGGGACAUGCCUGCAACUCCUACACAAUAUGAACUGAGAUACAGAGAAGCACUCACAGAAACCACUCAGUGGACACUAGUGCCCAUAGAAAGCAAUGCUGUCAACAUCACUGUUUCAAAUUUAAAUGCUACAGCUUCAUACAUUGUUCAGCUCAGAUGCAUAGCCAAGGAUGGUCUUCACUGUGUUUGCAUUUGGAGUAGAGAGAUUUUGGUCCCUCACAAGCUCAUGAGCAAGCCAAGAAUAUCAUAUAAUGCAACUACAGAAAUCUCUCCAGGCAGAAGAAGUGUUCUUCUUAAGUGGGAGGUAAUGCAAAGUGAGAACAUCCUUGGAUACUACAUUGAUGUUGAAAGAAUACCCAACAGUUGUGCAGACUCACAAAAUCGCAUCAUUCUAAAGGACAGAAAUGUUCUUCUAAAUCUCUCUAUGGCUUAUUAUAGGGUUCAUAUUUCUGCCUAUAACAAAGAAGGAGAAUCUCCACAGACCAUCUACAUUGUCCCAGAUUCCUCUGCAACAGACUUGCCUGGCCAAAUCAAUGUUAAACCUCAGGGAACUGAUGCAGUUGUCACCUGGACUCCAGAAUACAGUCCAAAAUGUUUUGUGGUUGACUGGGGCACUGGUAAAGAGGAUAUGCGCAUGAAAAUUGUAACUACACCUGCUGGAAAUUUCACACUAGACAAUUUUCAGCCACGUAAGUUGUACAAAGUAAUGGUACAUGCAUCUGAUGUGUGUCAGUGUGAAAAUUUCACAAGACAUGAAAAGACUUUUGGAGUGACCCACUUUUACUCAGUUGAAGGAGUUCCUAGGGCAGGCCCCACUAAUGUGACAAUUCUGAAUAUCACAAAGCAUUCUGCACUUCUGAAGUGGACUGAAAUAGCAGCCGAAGACUGUUUGGGUUUUCUCCAGGGAUACAGAAUCAGCUACACAGAUUCAUCAGGGAAAAAGUGGCUGGCUGCUAGUGUCAACUCUUCUACCACAAGUUACCGUCUUACUGGACUUAAGGGAGAGACCAUCUACCGCGUACAGAUUUCAGGAUUCACUAAUGCUGGAGAAGGACUGCCGACUCUUUCACAACCUUUCAGUACUCUAAAAUACGAUAAAGGAGAAUUUGAAGGUCUUAUGAUUGGCAUUUUCUUCAGCAUGGUGUUUGUUUUGUUUUUUGCACAUGUGAUUUGUUCUCUGGUGUUUAAGAGGCUGAAAAUAUCAUGCUGGCCCAGCGUACCAAAUCCAAGAAACAGCAGUGCAAUACAAGAUAUGACAAAUUGGAAACCCAUUUCAAAGUCACUGCUUCAGGCCCUGACAGACAAUGAUACUACCAGCCUUUAUGUUGUAGAGCAUGAGGCAAAGGUUCCCUUGAAGCUAGAGCACUUUACAGAUGGUGUAGAAGUCAGCAAGUGUGACACUUGUCAGUCAGAAGAACGUAGCAAUAACAUAAACAUAAAUAUAAGACACAAAGGAAUCCCUGAAAAAACAGUAACAAGUGAAAAAGAAGGAAUCAUUUCCAUUACGGUACCACUCUUGAGUGACUACACCAGCAUGGAGUUCAGCCAGAAAGCGCUGAUGAGUCUAACAGUGAAGCUGCCUGCAAGAGCUGCUCAUCCUAACCUGGAAAUGGAACUAAGGAGUAAGCCAACACAAACUGAGCAUCAGGUUUUGUUUGCUCCCCAAGACUACCUCAAACAAAGCCAGGUAGUAUUUUUGCCAUCUGUACCAACUUUGAUGGGACAAGUCAACUUGAACUGAGGAAACUGCAUACUUUUCCUUAUCAAAAAUUCAAUUUCCAAAACCUCUGAUCAUUGAAUGGAGGCAUUAGGACAGUGAGCUUGUGACAAUGGUUAUGUUCUACUUAAUAAGCUCCUUCAUGAAAUAGAUUGACUAUAUAAUUAGAUUAGCUAUUUCCCCGUGGUCAUUCUGGGCAACUCCUACUGUCUUCACACAGACAAGAUUUUCAGGGAACUGUAUGAAAAACCUUCCAGUGAGAUGCAUCUCCUUGCUAAUGCCUUAGUCUGAGAGCACUGAAGAAGCCAUUUCAAGUCUUCUGAUCUAAAAACAAUGCUGUUCCAGUCUUCAGAAGAGUUCAGAAGAGUUCACUAAUUGGUGUGACCAGUAUAAGAUCUGAUUUUAAAGGCUAUUUAGCUCUUUAGUAAAAAUUCUACCAAAAGUGCCUACCAUGACAAAGAGGCUCUCCAUCUGGUCAAAGCUGGCUGAACAAAAUUGUGAGAAGCCUUGAAUUUAGGAAUGGAAAACGAUGCUUUUCCACCUAUUUAAAGCACUUAAUCUUAGAUGAAUAUUGCUGUGUAAGUGAAGUUGAUAAUAAGCAUAAUUAUUAUUACUGGAGUUCUAGUUGCAUUAAAUUAAGGAUAUUUCUUCCUAUAAAGACAUAGAAAUACAUUCAUGUUCUCUUGUGAGAUGUAGCUGCAGAUAAAAUUUCACCUUGUACACAGUAACAAAAUCUGAAGAACAGACUUUGAGAGCUGUAUAGGUAGUUCAGUUAGUCAUCCACAAAAGUUUGCAUAAAGAAUGUGUCAUUUAACUAUAGGGACUAUAAGGGUCUCCUCUUUCUGAUUUAUAUGUGACUGCAUCAUGUAUCUGCACAACACAAUGAGUCUGAACUGGUUUUCCAGCUUUUCCAGUUCAUGAUUCUCACCCAUAUAAACUCUGUAGGCAUUAAUAACCAUGCAGUUAGUGUAGAAGACCCAGUUUAUUACUGUCAACUCCAGUUUAUGAAACUUUAUUGAGAUUUAUUGAAAAAAUAUAUAUAUUGAGAUUAUUUUGUGGAGAAAGCAGUUGAUCAACUCUACACUAAGCAUUGAAUGUUCCCAAGACUGGUAUCUUUUAA